UUAUAAUAUUAAAGUAAAAAUGAAUUUAAAUUUGUGAUUAGAACAACCCAAUGGGAUUUUUUGGAAUGGACAAGAAUGCAAUGAAGGUUUUGAACAAAAAAGUCUUUUUUGAUGGGAUGAUGAAGAUUGGUGGAAUAAAAAUCAGACAUUUAAGCAUAUGCAUCCGCUGAACUGUAUUACUCAAAAGUUGAGAGAAUUUGAGGAGAAGGAUGAUUAUAAGGCUGUUACUUAUCAGCCUUGGCACACCAUAGAGAAAUUUCAUCGAUCAGAGAUUAAUUCUGAUAUAAAUUUCCCCAAUCUAAUCAAAGAUCUUUGUCCUUCUUACUUAUUAAACAAGCAAAAAUUUUCUCACAGUUCUAAUUUAUCGGAAAUGUUUCCGAAUUCUGAUCCAGAUGGAAUUCUAUUGAAUCCAAAAAUAGGAAACUCCGAAAAUUCAGAAAAUGAUUCCCAAAAUGACUUAUUUGGCGCUCAAUAUCCCCCAAACAUGACUAACUCUACUAAAGCUUUAGAGAGUAGGUUAAAACCUUCUUCGCUUGUGAACCUCCAAAGAGCAACCAUGGGUUCACCUACAAUUCCUGAGAACAAAAUCUUACAGAAUAAUUUUGACUCCCUUUCAGUCUCAGAAACUCACAAAUUCCAGAAUGAAGAGUCUCAGGAUAGCUUGGAAGAAGAAAAAUUAUCCACUAACUCUGGAUAUAAGGAAUUAGAGACUUCAUUAGAAGAAGAAAUCACCCAAUUUUAUUCCAAGAUGAAGCUAUUCUCUCGUCUUUUUGAUAUAAGGAAUGAAGAUAAAAUUCUGCAAACCUUCAAGGAUAUUGUCCAGAAGAAAAAGCAACCAAUGAUGAAGGCCUAUAUUGAUUAUCAAUUAAAAAAGAAACAAAAACAGACUGUUGGAAGGGAUCAGAUGGUGGCCACGAGGAAAGAGAAUGAAGAAAAGAAAGAGAAGAAAGAACAGAAAAAUAAGGACAUAAAAACAAAAGAUCCCAAGCAAUUUAAAAGAAAUAGAAUAGAUAAUAAAUUCACAUCAAAAAUAAAGUUAAUAAAACGAGUGAUGAACGACUUGAUUAAUUUGGAAGGGUUUUACCCUCAUAUUUAGUCCAUACCGAGGGAAUGGACUCAAAGCCCAUGCACAAGCAUUUCUGUAUGGAUUUAUACCAUUGUUUUAUCCUUUCGGAGAGCCUGAAGAAUCUAUUUCUGAGGAUCAUAGGAAAAUCAGAGAUAAAUUGAAGAAGACAUCACCUUUUAUUUUAUUUUCACAUUGACUCACAUUGAGAAGUCAGUCAAAGCCAAAAGAACUGUUAAUAAAGCAAUUAAAAGGAAAACUAGGAGAUGAUAUUGAGCUACCUUCAGAGAAGGAGCUGGAUGAACUAAUAAAACUUGCGAACUCUAGCACAUCAAAGAAGACGUUCAAAAACCUAUGUGAGAAGAAUGUAGUGGCUGCAUUUUUAGAGAAGGAACUAUUCGAAGCACAACCAGGCCGCUUGGCAGAAGUAAUUGGGGACGGUCGCUCUAUUUUAUAAGUAUA